ACAUACCUGUGCUACGAGGUGGAGGUCCGGAAGGGCGAUGCCUGGGCCCCAGUGGAGGGGCUCCAGGGCUUCCUGUGCAACCAGGGUGCUGACACACACAGGCAACACUGUCCUGAAGGGUUGUGCUUCCUGGAUGGUAACAAUCACAGGAAUCCCAAACCUCGUGCAGAGUUGUGCUUCCUGGCCCUGUUCCAGCCUGGGCACCUGGAUAGGAAGGAACAGUACAGACUCACCUGGUACAUGUCCUGGAGCCCCUGCCCUGACUGUGUUCCACAACUGGUUGACUUCCUGCACGAGAACAGACACGUGCAGCUGCGCAUCUUCGCUGCUGGCAUCUACACCUUUGUCAGUGGCUAUGAGGAUGGGCUGCGCCAGCUGCGGGACGCUGGGGCCCAACUCGACAUCAUGACCUUCAAAGAGCUCCAGCACUGCUGGGACACCUUCGUGGACAACCACGGCCAGGUGUUGGAGCCUAAGACUGAACUGGAAAUAAACAUACAGAAGCUGAAGGACAUUCUCAGAGUCAGGGAAACUGAAGGAUGAACUUCCAUCUCUCGAAACAGUCGGGGUCUUAUGGUGAAGGAGGAAUAAAGCACUCUCUUCAAGGAAUGAAAACGCA